GCUUUCGUGUGCCAUCACAACACGUUCUUAAUCUAUAAUUCCUUAAAGACAAAUACCAUGGAUCGCUUUAUGACUGUAACGCAUAUUUCCGUUUCUCUAUCGUGGAUGUCGGUUAUAUUGCUAUCCGUUGCUGGCUAUAUGACAUUUACGGGCCAUACUCAAGCGGAUAUUUUAGAGAAUUAUUGCAGUCAUGAUUUCUUGGUGACCAUUGCACGCUUAUGUUAUGGUAUAACCAUGAUGUUAACUUAUCCUAUAGAAUGCUUCGUAUGUAGACAAGUAAGUAAGAUAGAACUAAUACAAGCAAAUAGCUAG